AUGAACUUGAGUCUGACUGCUGCCGUCAACAUCCUGAUCGUCACCAGAUACCUGCAUUCAACUUUCACUUUCCAUCUGUGCUGUUUGAGCUGCUGUAAAGUGAAUUUCCCCGCUGUGAGUUCAACUCAUCCCGAGUGUUUGAUUGUUCUUCAUCUCCAAGAGAAAGAAGAUGAGUGUAAACUACAGAUGAGGACAGAUGCUGCAGCUUCGCUCCGAUCAGCCAGUAACACCACUGCAGGUUGUAUGACAGAGUGGGACGGAGUCAGCUGUUGGCCGGCUGCCUCUGAGGGACAGAUGGUCUCUGUCCACUGUCCUCUGCUGUUACUGAAGCCUGAAACUCCUCCAGGUGACAGAUACAGGAUUCACACUUCCCGGUCAGUAGGUGUCACUCGGUGCCCUCGCUCUCGCUCCACUCUUCAGUUCUACAGGUUGCCAGUUCUCAUCACCAGAAGCUGCACAGUGAGCGGAUGGAGCGAGCCGAGCGUGCCGUACUACAAGGCCUGUUACUAUGAAGCUUCAGAGGAAGAUGAAGACGUGGGCAAAGAGAAACAUUACUUUGAUACGGUGAGGCUGAUGUACAGCGUUGGAUACGGAGCGUCUCUGGCUGCUCUGCUCGUCGCUGUCCUGCUUUUCUGCUGCUUCAGGAAGCUGCUCUGCACACGCAACUACAUCCACCUCAACCUGUUUGUCACCUUCAUGCUCAGAAGUCUGGCUGUGUUCAUCAAAGACGUCGUGUUGUUUGCAGACAGAAGCACGGACCACUGCACGGUGUCCACACUCCGGUGCAAAGCAGCUGUGACCUUCUUCCACUUCUGUGUUGUGUCUAACUUCUGGUGGCUGCUGGUGGAGGCUCUGUACCUGCAGACUCUGCUGCUCUGCACCUUCACUCACACCACCAAGCUCUUCUGGAUCUACGCCACCGUCGGCUGGGGUGCUCCGUCAGUGACUGUUGUGAUCUGGGCCCUGCUGAAAUCACAGCUGGAUGAUGAGGGGUGUUGGGACGACCUGGAGAGCCGCUUGUGGUGGAUAAUCAAGACUCCCAUCCUGCUCUCCAUCUUUAUCAACCUCGUGAUCUUCCUGAACAUCAGCAGGAUCAUCGUUCAGAAGACAAAAGCCACACAUGUGAACCAGAGUGAGACACACCUGUACAGGACACUGCUGCGCUCCACUCUGCUCCUCAUCCCUCUGUUCGGUGUUCACUACAUGGUGUUUGCACUGAUCCCAGAACACGUUGGCGUCGGGCCGCGACUCUACUUUGAAUUAGUUUUAGGCUCCUUCCAGGGUUUUAUUGUCGCUCUGCUGUACUGCUUUCUAAACGGAGAGGUCCAAAAAGAGAUCCAGAGGACGAUGAGACGGUGCUGGCCUGAAAGAAUAACUAACACCAUCAAUCUUCCAACUCAAGAAUUCGUCCCCUGAAGUCCAAAUACAGAAAAUACUGCAGUUUGCUGCUCAUUAGUUAUCUGACUAGUUUAUUAUCCCGCCUUAAUAAACCAGCUGCACAAUUUUACUUCUUUUAAAAAAGUGAUUUUUUUU